CCGAAUUCAUGCAAAUCUGAGAGCGAGAUAUGGUUUUAGAGCCAAUAAACUCAUGUUUACGCCCUUCGAUUCUUAUUCAUCACACUUAGUCCACUCCCAUUUUUCCACAAUACUACCUUGUUCGCUUCGCCACUGACGAGCACACCCAGUGUAAUUGGACGUAGCUGGAACCACGAGCCUGACUUGAGUCUCGACUGGCCAACUCCGUGUCAAUCUGCCAUCAUGCCGAUCAACAAGGAAAAGGAAGACCACACAGCCACCGUUGACUCAAACUCGGAGAAGUAUGACCAGUACAGCGACGGCGACGCGAAGAAAUUGGCCGAAAUGGGCUAUACCCAAGAUAUGACACGGAAGUUCUCCGUGUGGUCAGUUCUCGGUAUCGGCUUCUCCCUUACCAAUUCCUGGUGGGCCGUAGCUGGCAUCUUGAUCACGGGUAUCAGCUCGGGAGGACCCGUUCUCCUGAUCUACGGGACCAUACUCCUAUUCAUCGUCUCGAUUGGCGUAGCAGGUUCCCUCUCAGAGCUCGUCAGUGCGCUGCCGAAUGCUGCCGGACAGUCAUUCUGGGCACGCGAGCUAGCACCAAAGAGAUACGCAAAUCUAGCCUCCUAUACUGCAGGCUGGUUCGCAUGGGCGGGCUCCAUCUUCGCCUGCGCGAGCGUCGCCCUUACCGUCGGAUUCGCUCUCGUGGGCUGCUACCAACUCUCUCACCCAGACCUCAUCACCAAACCCUGGAUGGUCGUCGUAGCCUACCAACUCGUCAACUUCCUCGCCUUCUUCUUCAACUGCUACGGCCGCGCCCUGCCCACCAUCGCCACCAUCGCCCUGUACACCUCGCUCCUCUCCUUCUUCAUCACCCUCAUCGUCGUCCCCGCCAAAGCGCCCACGCACCAACCCGCCUCCUUCGUCUUUACCACCUUCAUCAACAACACGGGCUGGUCCCGCGGCGGCAUCGCCUUCAUCACCGGCCUCAUCAACACAAACUGGGGCUUCUCCUGCCUCGACACGGCCGUGCACAUGGCCGAAGAAGUGCCACGCCCCGAGCGCAACAUCCCCAUCGCCAUCUUCGGCACCAUCGGCAUCGGCUUCGCGACCAGCUGGUUCUGGAUCAUGAGCAUGCUGUUCAGCAUGACCGACGUCGCCGGCAUCGCCGCCACGGCCACCGGCGUGCCCAUCCUCGAGCUCUUCUACCAGGCCCUCGGGCAGAACAAGGCCGGCGCCAUCGUGCUGGAAGCCUUCAUCAUCGCGACCGGGUUCGGCUGCAUGAUCUCGUGCCACACGUGGGCGUCGCGCCUCUGCUGGAGCUUUUCGCGCGACAGGGGCAUCCCCGGCCACCACCUCUGGGUGCAGAUCCACCCGGCGCUCGACAUGCCGCUGCACGCGCACGCGCACGCGCUUAGCAGCUUCCUCGUUGCGUGUCUGGGGCUGCUGUAUCUCGGGUCCUAUGCUGCCAUCAACAGCAUUGUGACGGGGUGCAUCGUGCUGCCGUACAUCUCCUACGCGAUCCCCAUCUCGUGUCUGCUUGUCCGGGGCCGCGCGAACAUCAAGCCCGGCCCGUUCUGGCUCGGGAGGUUCGGGCUGCUGUGCAAUGUCGUCACUCUGGCCUGGACGCUGUUUACGCUGGUGAUGUAUUCGUUUCCGACGGUUAUGCCGGUGACGGCGGAUUAUAUGAACUACGUCUCGGCGUGCUAUGGGAUUAUCCUGCUGAUUAUCGUGGUGGAUUGGUUUGUGAGGGGCCGGAAGAGGUAUAGGAAUCAGACGAUGCAUCAUGGGCUUGAUGGGGAGCGGAUUGGGCUUUGAAGUGAACUGCUUUCUGUCGUCGCGGGCUACUUACUAUGCACUGGCGUCCCCGUCGUGCGUUCUAUUGCUGGGAAUCGGAUAAUGGUGUUUAGGCUUCA